ACUGUGUUCGGUCGUGUCGCGAUGGAAGACGUGAAAUCUCCAGAGAUAUCUUCCAAUGAGUUGGAAAGGGCCAUAAGUUCCCUGGUGAGGGGUGUUGACCUCAAGACGAUGAGUGUUGGCAGCGUUAGGAGGGACUUGGCUGCAAAGUUCAAUACAAGUCAAGAGUACAUGGACGAGAGGACUGACGAGAUCAAGGGCUUGAUUCUAAAGGUGCUCAGACAGAUUGAGGAGGAGCAAAAGGUCAAGACGGAGGCGACUGUGAAGCAGGAGAAGCGCAAAUUGGACGACCAGCCGCUUUCUACCGUCUUGAGUGAGGAGACUGCCAAGACGGACCAGGAGGAAGAGAAGCAGAAUCCCCCAAAGAAGGUCGCAAAACUGCAGAGUGAGAUUAUGACGAAGCGACACUUUUUGGAGAACGCCGGCAACCUCGAGCUUAAGCUGCAACUCGCGGAGAGCGUCCUCGCCACGCCCAGGACCUUUUCCACCGGAAGCUGCGGGUGGUCCUCGAACGCCAAGAUAAAGCUCAGGGUGGGUGACCAGGAGGUCUUUUGUCAAGUUGGUUUCAACUGCACGGUCGUUGGCAGCAAGAACUGGAAGGAGAGCUGAGGGUCCCGCCGCUGGCCGCAGGGUCGACUUGGCCUCACGAACCGAAAUUCCAUGCGAAAUCGUGGCUUGUAAUUUAAUUUAUUUCUAGUG